ACCCGCAGCCCGGGCAGCCGCUCCCGUGGGGCCGCCCGCCGCCUCUUACCUUCUCCUUGACGGCCUGGUAGCUCUGCUGCAGCCAGCUCCGCCACCAGCCCGCGUCCUCCCUGCCGCGGGACACGCGUGUCAGACGCGGGCAGCCCCGGCCCCGCGCAGCCCCGCCGCCCCCCAGCGACACCCCACUCACCCCUCGGCCAUCUUGGCGGCCCGACGUCACCAAUAUUUACCGACCCCUCACCCCGCAAGCUCCGACUCCCGGUGACGUCCCUUCCUCCUCCUCCUCCUCCUCCUCCUCCUGCGGGAGGGGUCCGGGCGGGAGCGCCGAGCCAUGGAGAUGCAGUCGUACUACACCAAGCUCCUGGGAGAGCUCAACGAGCAGCGCAAGAGGGACUUUUUCUGCGACUGCAGCAUUAUCGUGGAAGGGAGGAUCUUCAAAGCUCACAAAAACAUCUUGUUCGCCAACAGCGGCUAUUUCCGAGCGCUGCUGAUUCACUACAUCCAGGACAGCGGCCGCCACAGCACCGCCUCGCUGGACAUUGUCACCUCCGAGGCCUUCUCCGUCAUCCUGGACUUCCUUUACUCGGGGAAGCUGGAUCUCUGCGGGGAGAAUGUGAUCGAGGUGAUGUCUGCAGCUAGCUAUUUGCAGAUGACCGAUGUGGUCAACUUCUGCAAGACCUACAUAAGGUCAUCGUUAGAUAUUUGCAGGAAAAUAGAGAGAGAAGCCACUUUCUAUCAGGCUGAUAGCGGGAGCGGCAGCUCUGCGAGAGAGGGCACCUCCUACGGCUCCAAGAGCCAGUGUUCUGCCUCUGUCUCUUCCCUGCAGGAAAAGGAGGGGAUUUCGGAUUGCCAGAGAGAUCCUCCCUGCGGUGAGUGCAGCAGCUGCCAUCCCCUGGAGCUCGUGGUCAGAGAUCCCGUGAGCAGCGACUCUCCUGACGAUGUAAAUUCUUCUCUGCCCAAGGGGGUGGAACCCAAAGUGGAGUUUGACUCGGAUGAGGUGGAGGUAGAAGUGGGGGAACGGCUGCCCCAGUAUCCGACUGCGUUGUCCCUGGAGCAGAUGGAAGAGGGGCUGCACGGCGGGCAGCCCGUGGACCUGGCCUGCAACAACUACCACAUGAAGCAGUUCCUGGAGGCCCUGCUGCGCAACAGCUCGGCUCAGAGAAAGGAUGAUGUGGUUCAUCACUUUGUCCGGGGCUUUGAGGGUAGGCCAGAGGACGCAGGGGUAGCCACGAGUUCCAUGAUGGACAUUCACAGCGACUGGUAUGGUGAGGACACAGGUGAUGUGUUGGUUGUGCCAAUCAAGCUCCACAAAUGCCCGUUCUGUCCCUACACGGCGAAGCAAAAGGGGAUCCUCAAGCGGCACAUUCGCUCCCACACCGGCGAGAGGCCCUACCCCUGCGAGACGUGCGGCAAGCGCUUCACCCGGCAGGAGCACCUCCGCAGCCACGCUCUGAGCGUGCAUCGAUCCAACAAGCCCAUCAUCUGCAAAGGCUGCAGGAGAACCUUCACGAGCAGCCUGUCCCAAGGGCUGCGGCGCUUCGGCUUGUGCGACAGCUGCACCUGCGUCACCACUACCCAUGAGGACUCGAUGCCCAUUAACCUCAGCCUGAUGGAGCCCUCCUCAGAAGGCCAAGAGAAGGGAGAGGCCGAUAACGACUGGCCCAUAUACGUAGAAUCCGGAGAGGAAAACGAUGCAGGUGAUGAUGAUGAUGCUGAUGACAAGCAGGAAAUCCACAGGAGCUUAUCGGACCGAGAACCGCUGAUGUAGCGGUGAGAGGAGAGUGGGAGCCUUUCAAGCAUCCCCCUGACCGUGGUCAGUCUGCAACAGAAAGCUGCCUGUUUGCCCAGUUAGGGAGGCUGUGUUGGGUUUUAUUAUUCCGCUUUUUUAGCAGGAGAACUGGGAUUUGUAACACUUUUCAGUUUUCAGUGCUGUGCACCAGAAAUCUCUGGAGACUCCUCUGGCCGGGGUUCACAGAGGUUCUACUUGAGCAAUUUCCAGUGGUGUCUCUGCCUCCUAGUUUUGAUUUUGCAGGUGGAGCACCUCUGUGUUGUUUUGAUAACAGGUUUCUUCAAGUAAUGCUGUCACAGUCCUUCUGUCCCUGACCUGGGAGCAGCAGCAGCUUCGCUCCCGAGAUUACAUUGAAAGAAAUGUAGUUUCCAUCCGUUACCUUGAGACUUUUUGUAACCUGUGUUGUGAUCCUUCUGUAUUAGGGCAGUACGAUCGAACUGUAAACCUUAAGUGUUUGCUUAGACAGGAUUUGACCUGGAAACCAGGGCAGACAAACCAGGGUAACAAAAAUGUGCUGCUGUGGGAAGCAUAGACAGGAAGAAUAAAAACAUUUCACGUGUCCUUAAUUGCAGGUAACUGGAAAACAAACUGCUCUUUCUGAAUUGUUUUUACUGCUUCUUCCUUUCUCAAGAGCUUGGACUACAGAUCUUCAGAUGUGUCUUUAAUGUCAUUUAGACAUUAGCAGUCUUGGCUUAAGGAGCAUUAAGCACAUGUUACAGUAUCUGGUGUCCUGGUCUCUCAAUUUAAACUAAACAAACUGCCCAAUUUUCUUCAGCUUUUUUACAGUACAAGUUAAAAGUUGUGAAUCAGGUUCCUUGGGAAUUCUGGUAGAUUAAAAGGCCAGAUUCAUGGCUGACAUAGGCAAGGAACAGUUUGAUGUGAAUAUCUGAGCUAUGCACAUGAACCAGCCCUGAAUACCCUUUUCGAAGCAAUUGGGUAGGAAACCUCAGAAAUUUGUACUAGCUUCUUUGGAUGCAAAUUCUUUUCUUUCUCUUUUACUGUCUUCUAGUCUUUGGUGACCUUUCUCAUGAUUUAUGUUGUGUGACUUUAUCCAGGUACUGUUGUUCUGGUAGGCUGGGAUUUUUAAACUCCAGCGUGGACCUCAUGUCUCUUUGCUGGGAUACAGGAAGGUUGGCUUUCCAGGGAGGUGAGAUUUUUCUUCUUACCUUUCCAGUACCAAGUUGGUUCAAGCUAUCAGCUUAUUAUCAACUCCAGAAACGAAGCUGGGAAGCUUUAGAAGAAAACACACCACCAACAGAAAGCCUGUUUGCUUAUGGGUAACCGACUGUUCCCUGACAAAGAGACAAAACUGAAAUAUACUGUGAAAUAAGACUGUUAAUGCUUCUUUACUGUGUUGUUCAUAAGUGUUUUGUGAAAUGACAAAUUGUUUAAGUCUUUCUAGCUGGAGUAAGUGCCAGAUCAGAAGCCUGUAGACAGACACAUCUGACAGAGAAGGAGCAGUUCCUCCCACUUAACAAGACAAUGCUUUGUGAGGUGUUUCAUGUCAAGACUUCACACUUGGCAAACAUCAGAUGGAACCUAAAAAAACAAAGACCCCUCUGAUUUAACCAGGUUGGGGUUUUUUUUGCAUAUCUUAUGCUUUUAUUUUACACACUGAAAGGGAGCAAUUCAGCUUCUCUAUCUGCUUGAUCCUACAGUGAAAAGUUGUCCUGCAGUGAUGUCACAAUUUGCUUGUGAGGGGUCAGUCUGAUGUCACAAAUGCAGUUAAAAAUUAACUGCCAGGUCAAGUAGGAUGAGGGAAGAAGAAACAAGCAACAAGCUUCUUUUUAAACAAGUCCCUUUACUAGUGAUUCCCAAAACCAGCAAAAGAGACUUGUGCAAUGUCUGUGUGAUCCAAGCUCGUGGUGGGCCCCACCUUCACAAGGAGACACUGGCAUAACGUGCCAUGUUCAUUUUCUGUACCUGAGGGUGCAUAAGCUUUCAGUAGUUCCAAGUCAUCUGUAACUUUGAGUUUCUGACAGCUGAACAGUGUCAUAGUGACACACAUCAUUAAAAACCUCAGGGCUUUAUAUCCCCUGUUUCAGUCACCUAAAUGAAGACCACCCAAGAGACAGCUCCUGUAGCUGCCAGAUUCGGAGCUGAGCUCCUUUGAAAAUCCUGCUGGGGUUUUGGGUCCUGAGUACUUUUGAUAAUCUGAGCAAAACGUGGGCUUGUAAAUCACACCAGCACAUCUGAAAUGCCAUCUCCAGCCUGCCAGGAGCUGCUCUUCUCGGCUACCACUCUGUUUUUGUUGAGCCCAUCCAACGUCAGAGGGUAUUUGUUUUGUACCUGUGUAUCUGAUAAAGGAAAGACUUCUGUUUGUGAGAACACCUGCAGAAGAGUUGCUGUGUUUGUUAGGAGACUAACUUGCUAGUGAAAGUGGGGUAAGAAUGUAAAUAAGGAUCUAAAAUGAUAUUUAAUGACCAGGCAUCCUAAUUUCUGGUCAUUCCAGCGUGAAGAUGCCACCUUGUUGUAAAUAUUGAUAGAGGCUGCUAGGUCUGGAGUAUCAGCUGAGCAUGGUUCUGGCUAGUGGGCCACAGUUCAAGUGUCAGAAGGUUUGGAUUCUCCCAGGGCUGUGCCGAGGUGUGGGCUGGCUAACUCUGCAACUGUUCCUGAAGAGUGUUGUUAAAGAUGUUCAGUGGAGGGAGAAUUAAACCUCCUGUGAAGGUCUGUAUGUAGUGAGAGGAAUGACUGCAGAGAACUGCAGUGAUUUUUACUUCAACCUGUUCUCUUUGGUCUUAGAGAUUGUUCUUGUGUGUCUUGUGCAUAGAGAAUGGAGCUGUGUUAAGGUGUGUGUACCGUGGGGUGAGGGCUGCGGGUGGGGGGUGCACCGUUCACAUUCCAGCUUGACCGUGACGCCAAAAUCGAUGUUUCCUGUUGCUCUGUCAGUUUGUGCUGCUUCGUUUUCAAUGGAGUCCUUCAGCCUUUGUAUUUAGAAGAGGAUGUAGUUCAUCCACUUUCUUGUGAUCAGGUGUUCAUGUGAAUCUGUUUGCUGUGCUUUCCCACUUAGUUUUUCGCUGUUUUUCGUGAGAAUCUUCCAUUGUACAUCCAGCCACUACGAGCCUGGAGAAGAACGACGUAGCUGUGUUCAGAGCAUUGCCACGGUGCUUAAUGAAGAAGCAAACCCAACGUUUUUAGGAAGGUUAUUUCUAAUGCAAUCUCUUCCUCAAAGCUUUCUAAAGGCUGUACAGGCUGCGUAUCUUGACGUCUCAGCUCCCUGUAAUGGACUUUGUUUCAGAGUACACACUUUGAGGUACUUUUGCACACAAUUGCACUGUAUUUCACAGCAGGAAUACAGGCUGCACUGGUGCUACAAAGCACGUUUAACUUCUUGGUACAAGACCUUGUACAUCUUCCAAAUGUAGUCAUUUAACUCACUGAUGUUUUGUAAGGCAGUUUCAUAACCCGAGUCCUUUAGUCUAGAUUAAAUGACCAAUUCUUAUGAACCAAACCUUAUUUGUAGAAGUGACUUAACUAUAUUUGUGGAUCUUGGAGCAUUUUUUGAUUGUCUAUGAAAUAAAACUCUCUGAGAGGGUUGCUUUGAUCUUCUUACCGUUCAGAAGUUGACUGAAUAAACCUGACAGUGUCUACAUUGAGGUUCACAUUUCCAUUUCUGAGCAUUAAAAUGUAAUAUAUCCAUUUCUGGUGACAGUCUGCCAGCAAGACUCAGAUUCCUGGUUGUCGAGGAGUGGUUAAGGGAGAAUGGACACGGAUCCCAGGGUAUAAUGUUAGGCCCGAUGGGGCAAGGCAAUCUGAGUUCUAGUUAUAUGAAUUUAAUGCACAAUCAAGACCAGAGUCAGAGCCAUGGUUAAAACAGUUGCUGUCACGUAGUCAGUGCAGACAGCAGGCCGCUUUCUGCUCCUUCAAGGUCGGGCUGAUUUCAGCUAACAGCUAACAGCUCAAGGCGGAAAACAACUACGGGGGAAAACAAGAUGGGAAAAUGUGAGGGAGCUUGCUUAUGGCAGAAACCGCAAGUAGGAU